UAGAAAAUUAAGAGCAUUAAUCAUAUUAACAACAUAUUCUAUAAAUAAGCACCUUCGAUUGAAAAUAAACCAUCGCCUGGAACCAUACGGCGACGAGGGAACACGUGGCACGAAAGUUAUGAUACGGUACAACUUUGGGAAAUUGAGCAAACACACACACCAGGAUCUCCAAUUCUAAGUACAGAACGAGAACAAGAAGCACACACAGAUCCUGCAUUUCAUGUACAAUCAGGUCAAGAUAUGAUGCCCCAACAAAAGCCUGAAAAAUAUAUAGCUUUGUACGAUUACGAACCAAGAAUGGGUGAUGAAAUAAAAAUCAAGACAGGACAGCUUGUGACGGUUUGGGAAAAAUGUGGUGAUUGGUUCCGCGGUGAAGCAAGCGGGAGAUAUGGAUUAUUUCCUGGGAAUUACGUACAGAAGGCUGAAGAUACAGCUGCACCUCCGAUUGCAAAGAAACCAUCGCCUGAUACGAUACUGCGACGAAGAAGAAUGUUUGAUAUAAGAACGGAUACGAGACCUACUCAUUACGUACAUCGUCGGGACAUUGUGCAAACCCAAUUAACAGAACGAGAGCAAGCAGCACAUCCGGAUCCUCUAUUUCAUGGCCAAUCAUGUCAAGAUAUGAAAUCGGUACCUCAACAAAAGCCAGAAGCAAGUGGGAGACGCGGACACAUCCCUGGGAAUUACCGAAGGAAAGCUCAAGAUAUAAAUCCAGGUGCAGACCUUACAAAUGAAUUGGAGAAGGUAUUACUUCGUCGCCGUGCUAAGUUAGAAGAAAUAAGUUCUUCGAAUGAAUAAUAAAUAUGUAACUUACAGAAAGCGAUGUGUAUUUUUCAUCAAUAUCAAAUCAAGCCAAAUUGUAAAUUAAAGACAUAAGACAAAUUGUAUUUCAAUAAACAAGACAAAAUGUAUAUUCAAGAAACAAGACUAAUUAAAUCACAUCAUAGCAAAAUAUAUCUUUUUUGUAUUAUUUAGAUCACUUCAUAUAAGACUUAAACAGACAUUAUAAAGUAUGUUCUCCUAUUUUCACAAGAACAUUAUAUAUAGUGUAAAUAUUUUAUACAACAAUAUACAACAUUGUUUCUCCAAUUCACAAUGAAAUAUUGUAAAGCACACAUGACUUCUGAAUGACAUUUGUUUCUGUUACUAUUUUAAAUGAGUAAUGUUAUAAUGAUUUUGUUUAAUAUUUUGUAUGGUAGUCAAAAUUGUCUUUACAUUUUGCUUCAUUAUGAAAAAUGUAGUUCGCAUUCAUUCUUACAUUCAUUUGGUAAUAAGCAUCUUCUAUGCUGUAAAGCCAUAAUUUAAACAUAAUAAAACUUAUGUUUGCUCUCUCUAUAGUGCAACAUAUUAUAUAGAGGAUAUUUGUUAAGUUCAGUGUAAGAUCGGAAUAUAUUUCACCGAGUGAGCACCAAAAGAUAUAUUUCACUAGUUGCGCAGCCACGAGUGAAAUAUAACGGUUGGUGUUCACGAGGUGAAUCAUAUUUCGAUCCUACAAUAAACUUAACAAAUUUCCUUUUUAUUAGAUGCAAAAUAACUUUUAAAAUGACGUUUUAACCUAAUGCUAAAUAAAAAGUGCACCAAAUAAUAAUAAAAAGUGACGCAAUUAUUGACGUCACGUCAGUAAGUUGGUUUCUAAUACUAUGCACGCUGGUAUUUCACUAAAACAACGUAAUGGGCUUAAAUCUUAAACAGUGAAACUUAUCAAUUUGAUAAUUUUUCUGGUUCAAACAUUGAAAUAACAGUUUUAUUUCACUGAUAUUUUUUUAUAAACUACCAAAAAGCAUGUAAUAAACACAGUUUACCGACUAAGUUGAUCCAAAUAUUGAUACUGAUACUAAAUUGGUCCUUAUUUUUAUCCUAUCAUUAUUCUGAUAUUUAAAUGUACUGUUAUUCGUCAAUUUAAUCCUUGAUUCUUUUAAAAUCAACACUUUGUAACAUUUUGUUAUUUACCAUUUAAUGUUAUCCCAGUUUAAUUUAGAUUUCAUGAAACAAUGAUUUAAAAUCAAGAUAAAGCUUUUGAUUGGGCCUGAAGUUAAAAUUACAUUCUUAUGCAAAACAUUUGGAUGAAAACCGGUUUUCCAGUGAAUGCCACUAAAUCUUAAUAUUUCUUCAACCGUAACCUAAAUUUAAGAAUAUUAUAUUCGUCUUUCAUUUCAGUUUCCUUGGUAAGGGAAAUCAAAAUUAUCAUAAUCUGUAUUAAAUAUCCUACGUAAAGUUUUUUGCAGACGUGAAGAUUGCAUUUAAUUUUAUUUAUCUGGUCUAUUUAUUAUUAUUAUUAUUCAAAACAUAGCAUUGAUAUUUAAAUGAUGGGAAUGAACGUGUCACAAGACGAUAUCCAUGGCAAUAUAUUUUAGGUUCAGAUCUGAAUAAAAGUUAAGAUGCGGGAAUAUUUUCUAAUUGUGGAAGGAAUCAUAUCGUUAACUGCAUCUGACAUUUAACGCAAAUUUAUCAUUGGCUCAUUAUGCCUAUGAAAUACGUUUUUAUUGCUCGAAAAUCUUUAAAUUUUGUUGAACUUUAUAGCUUCUAGAAAGUGAUAAAUUUGCUAGUUAACUAAAGGAUAUUUUUGUUCUGUUGUUAAUAUUUGUAUGGAAGUUAAAUACUAUUUUGUUUAUAAGUUGCAAUUUAAAUGACAAAUUGUUUCACAAUUAACGUUACUUUCCUAAUGUAACAAUCAUCCAACAUGCUCUUAAAGAUUAACAUUCAUUUAGAUGUCUUUUAAAAUAUAAAUUUAUUCAUAUUUUCUCUUUAUAACAAAGUACACAUUUCAAAGCUUCUGAGGUAUAAUGUGCCUUAAAAUACAAAACUUUUUAACUCUACACAAUUCAGCCUUUUACCGACUUGAAACGUCUACUUGUACAUGUUACAUACUGUAGUAGUUUAAAAUUGUUUCCUCUUUUUUGUAUUUCUUUAUAUUCUAUUAUUAUAUGACACUAGGUUUGUUAUCACUUUUUACUUUAAUACAAAACAAUAAUUUGUUAUAUUCUGAUUUGCAGACUAUAACCUUUGAAUUGAUUGAUUUUUUGUGGGGAUUAGAAAGUAAAUGAAUUUGUUAUAUAUAAUAUUACUAUAUUAUAUUGAUAUUAUAUAUUAUUGUAAUAUGUGUAAUAAUGUUAUAACGUAGUAUGAAUAUCAUGUAAAAAGUUGGACUUUUGGCAUCUUUGGUAAAGCCACACUUCCGCUUUGUAUUAAUUUUCAUUACGUAAAUCUUUACUGAAAGUUAUUAAUUCAUCUUGUUUUAAGGUAGACCAUGGGUAAUAGGCACUAUAAGGAAUUGUAAAACUGACAACAUAGGACAGUUAUGUGUCUUAAUGGUCACUUGUUUGCACAAUUUAAAUACAAUUUACCGUGAGGUUUAUGAGUUAUGGAUACAUUUCUGAACUACAACUUUGCUAUUAGAAGGGUUUUUUUUUCCAGAAAUGACGGAACUCUCAAUAAUCUAUAAUAUCAUCAUUAUGAAAAAUGUUAUCCUAUUGUUUAACAUUCAGGUAACAAAUUACACGAGCAAAAUAAUUGCUUCUAAACAACAUGUUUUUCAUAUGUAUACAAAUGUUACCCUACCUCACCCACUUUAAACACUUAUUUGAACAUUUCCCUAUAUGAAAA